GUGAAAGAAAUAUUAAUUUUAGAUUUGUGGAGAUAAUCAUGGUUAAUUCUUCGAUUUAAUGGAGGUAUUUAAAGUAAGAGGAGAUUGUCCGGAUACUAACUAUUUAUUCUUAGGUGACUUUGUCGAGAGGAUUUAACAGCGUCAAAACAUUUUUAUUAUUAUUAGCUUUGAAAGUACGUUAUCCAGACAGAAUAACAUUGUAAAAUAUUUCUUUAUGUAGAAUACGAGGAAAUCAUGAAUCUAGAUAAAUUACACAGGUUAUGGUUUCUAUGAUGAAUGCUUAAGAAAAUAUGGGUCAUUAAAUGUUUGGAGAUAUUGCACAGAUAUAUUUGAUUACUUAAGUUUAGCUGCUAUAAUUAAAGAGAAGAUAUUUUGUGUCCAUGGUGGGUUAUCCCCUUCAAUAAAGACUAUGGAUGAUGUUUUAGAAAUUUAAUUAUGUAGAUUAGAGCAAUCGAUCGUAAAUAAGAAGUACCUCAAAUGGAGCUAAGUGUGAUCUAAUUUGGAGUGAUCCUGAUGAUAAAACUAUAAUUAUUUUUGGCUAUUUUAUUAUUAACACAAAUUAAAGUUCAAAUUGUAAGCGUAUUUUUCUUCAGCCAAUAAUUAAAACAGAAUUGCUAGAAUAAUGGCAAUACUUUUUUCUUUAUACAUACCAAGUUCUGAUAUUACCUAAUAUUAAAAUUGAUUUUUUUAUGGAAUUUGCGAUGUCGUAUUAUAGAAUUGUUUUAGAAAUUGAGGGAUGGAAUUUAUCCCCUAGAGGUGCAGGAUAUUUAUUUGGUGGAGAUGUUGUAGAUGACUUUAAUAGAAAAAACAACAUUGAAUUGAUAUGCCGAGCACAUCAAUUAGUUAUGGAAGGAUAUAGGGUGAUAUUUAAUGAAUAACUGGUAACUGUCUUAGUGCUCAAAAUUAUUGCUAUAGGUUAUUUAGAUGUGUAUAUUAUAGAUGCGGAAAUGUUGCUUCAAUUCUUGAAUUGGAUGAAAAUCUUGCAAAAUCGUACAGGAUAUUUGAAGCAGCUUCACAAGAAAACAGAGGAUUACCAGCGAAAAAACCAAUUCCUGAUUAUUUGUUAUGAAUAAAUAUUUACGACUGAUUUAAAUUAUAAUUAAUAUAAACUUAAUAAACCUUAAGAUAAUCGAUAAUAGUUUAGAUAUUAUUUUANACUGUGAGAACAUAACUGAAGGUUAUGUACAAAGGCACGAGAAAUUCUUGUUGAAGAAAGCAAUGUGCAAAGAGUGGAUGCACCUAUGACUGUGAAAGAAAUAUUAAUUUUAGAUUUGUGGAGAUAAUCAUGGUUAAUUCUUCGAUUUAAUGGAGGUAUUUAAAGUAAGAGGAGAUUGUCCGGAUACUAACUAUUUAUUCUUAGGUGACUUUGUCGAGAGGAUUUAACAGCGUCAAAACAUUUUUAUUAUUAUUAGCUUUGAAAGUACGUUAUCCAGACAGAAUAACAUUGUAAAAUAUUUCUUUAUGUAGAAUACGAGGAAAUCAUGAAUCUAGAUAAAUUACACAGGUUAUGGUUUCUAUGAUGAAUGCUUAAGAAAAUAUGGGUCAUUAAAUGUUUGGAGAUAUUGCACAGAUAUAUUUGAUUACUUAAGUUUAGCUGCUAUAAUUAAAGAGAAGAUAUUUUGUGUCCAUGGUGGGUUAUCCCCUUCAAUAAAGACUAUGGAUGAUGUUUUAGAAAUUUAAUUAUGUAGAUUAGAGCAAUCGAUCGUAAAUAAGAAGUACCUCAAAUGGAGCUAAGUGUGA